AUGUCGUUCUACGCGCAACAGAUUAUCUCAAACCCUCGCUCCCCGCUACACAUCAUUUGGCUGGCCUCCUACUUGCCAGUCGGCGGGGGAGGAGCGGGAGGCCGUGGCUCCGCUGCCAGGCUGCAGCGCUCCAGGGUGGCCAACACCAGCGUGUCGGACUCCGUGAUGCAAAUACGAGAACUGCUGGAUAAGGCCCCUUUGGCGCUGCGGCUGUCGGGGCAGCUGCUGCUGGGUGCCGUACGUAUACACGCUCAGCAGGUGAUGUGCCUUGAAUCUGACUGCGAGGAUGCGUUAUGGAGGAGCAUCCACGCCUUGUCGCAUGCACCGGUCACCGAGGCAGGGCGCGAGGCCGCCGCCGCCGCCGCCGCCGCAGCGGAUGACGUUGCCGGCGGCCGUCCCGCGGGUCGGAAGGGGGUCCGCGGUCGGGACACUCUCGGUUAUGCUCCGGAGGCGGCAAUAACGCUUCCAGUGUACGACGAAGAUGGGGAUUUCCUAGAAGCGGAAUUGCUGGGCACGAUGGGGAUAGACGACGUCGACGAGGGAGAAGGCGCUGGCGGCGGCGGCGGCGGCGCCGUUACCGCGACGGCGGCGGCGGUGGAGGCCGAGGCCCCAGAUUGCGAACACGGGGCGGCGGCGGCGGCAAUAGCGGCGGCGGCGGCGACCACGGGAGCGGCGCUGGCGCGGCUUCUGUCCGCCGGCACCGUCGACGCCAUCGGCGGCUACAGCGCGGGCGCCACCACGAUGCGUACGGUAGUGGCGGGUGAUGAUGUGUACGGCGUGGACGAGCUGGUGAUGGAGAGCCUGCCGUCUCAGUUUUAUGAUCUGUACAGCCCGCAAGACCAGGCCACGGAAGCGGCGGCGGCGGCGGGGCCACCGGGCGGUACGACAACCCUUGUGGACGCGGCGGCGGAGCUCUCCUGGCGAGCUGCUGAGGCUUCGGAGCAUCCGCCAUGGGGUGAGUGGUACUGGGUACCAACCCAACGGUCGUACCCAACGGUCCGCGCCAAGAUCGCUGCCGCCAAUCAGGAGUUGCCGCCGUACAGUCCCCAGCAGCUCCAUGCCGGCAAGAUGCCGUUGCAGAUGCUGAUCUCGCCGCCGGGGGCAGACGGGCGCGGUGGCGGCGGCGGCGGCGGCGCCGCCGUCACCGCCGCGUACGAAGCGGCAGAGUAUGAGCUACAGGAUACGGAAGAGUACGGCGCCACUGCCGCCGCAGGCGCUGUAGCUAGGGUGGCAGCGAACGGCACGGAAGGCGGUGGUCAUGCCGUCGCGGGACCGGCGGUGGAGGAGGCCGCCGCCACAGCCGCGGCGGCGGCGGCGGCGGCAGAGGGAGCCAGCGACGGCGGCGGCAGCGGCGGCGCUACGGAUGUCGAUGGUGUUCCCGCCGCGGGACCUAUGCGAAGGGGACACCAUCGGGUGACUGUGGAUGCAGCUGAUCAAGUGACGCCGAUUUCGCUCGCGACGGGCCCUAUGUCGCCUGGCGGGAUGCUGAUGAGCGCGCCGCUGAGGCAGCUGUUCGUACGCGCCGCCGCCGGGGAGUACGGCGCGGCAGAUGCCGGGGCUGACGUCACGACACGUGAGGUCAGCGAUCUCCGCCGUGGUGGUGUUGGGGUGAAACGGAGUCGGCUGCACGACAAAGGGGGGCAGCUGCCGCCGGUGUCAGCGGCGGCUGCGGCUGGUAGGAGGGGCGCCGUUGGCGCCGCUGCGGCGGCGGCGGCGGAAGAGGCGGCGGCGGCGGCGGAAGAGGCGGCGGCGGCGCCGGACAUUGACGGGACGACCGUACUGCCGGCGGCAACACGAACCGUGGCAGCGCGCGCUGGGGCGCUACUGCCAGAGCUGCGCAACAUCUUUAUCGAACAGCAGCGGCAGCAGCAGCAGCAGCGCAGUGCUACUGCAGCUGCUGCUCAGGGCGCAAGUUGUGUGGAGGAGCAGCUACAGCCGCUGCCACUGGACCAGUUAGUGCCACCUGACGGCCGUGGAGCUCGGAACCGGCUCGCGGCGUGCCGUGUGUUUUCGGAGCUGCUGUUCCUCCACUCCGCGGGCUUCGUGCAGCUCAUGCAAGCGGAGGAGCAGCAGCAGGACGUGGCGGCAGUGGCGGCAGGUGCAGGGGCAGGGGCAGCAGCAGCGGAAGGACGGCACAGGGCGGCUCAUGCUCCCGUCUUCAUAGUGGCCACUCAUAAGCUGCUGCUGCUGCACGACGGCGCUGCAGCAGGUACGGCCGCCGCUGCAACAGCACGAGGAUUCCUGAGUCUCGCACCCCGAGAGAACUCAGCAGCCCGGCAGCGCGCACUAACCUAA